GCGCAUAGUACCAGUGCCUAACCAGCGAGCACGGCGGACGACGGUCGUGACGCACCAUCGGUAGACCAUAUAGAGAGCUUGCGAUCGCGCCGGUGUGUGUGUGUACGUGUGUGUGGCGUGUGCGUGUGCGUGUUGCGGCGUCUGUGCUUCGAUUGACUCGAUCGCAAUUUAUUUAUUUUUUCUCACCCGGUUCGCUUCUCCGCACCCGUGCGCAUCGACGACGCUUCAGCCCUCCGGACCGCUCCACCGGAUAUCCACAAUAUCGAUAAUUCCGUACGCGCUAAACUUUCAUAGAUACGUAUAAUAUUGUAUAAUAAUCGCGGCGACGAUUUACGCGACAUCCGUCGUCGGCGCCGCCGUUCCCGUAUUAAAAUACUCAAAUCGUCGAUUUCGCCGUGUCGCUCCGUCAACACAAAAUAUAAAAUAUCGUAUACUAAUAAUAUUAUCGUUGGCCGUUUACAAACUAGCGUGUGGCGUUUAUUGUCCACCCUCUAGUUGUCGUCGACCGAUUUCGCGGGCCCAUCCGCCGAUAAGUGCGCGUUCGAGUGAGCAGCUAACGUCCGCCACGGGACACGGGACCUGCCCCGGAACGAGCUUUAACACACUGCUUUUGACAAGGUGAAUGACAUCGUGGAAGGGGUUAUGAUUGGAAUGGAACUAGGUUUGGGGCACCAUGGGGGCUCCUUGCACCCUCACAAUAUGCCACAACAUCAGAUGCACACGCAAGGUCUUAUGCAUCAGACACAACAGCAGAUGCACCACGAUGAUGUGGGAUCGGGAAACAUUAGUAGCAGUAGCAGCGUCAACGGUUUUUCACAAGAAGGUCACGGCGGUGUAAAUCAACUGGGCGGAGUGUUCGUAAACGGCCGACCGUUACCGGACCUGGUCAGGCAAAGGAUAGUCGAACUGGCACACAACGGAACCCGGCCGUGCGACAUAUCCAGACAGCUUAGAGUCUCUCACGGAUGCGUUUCGAAAAUCUUAUCCAGGUAUUAUGAAACUGGUAGUUUCAAAGCCGGAGUUAUCGGAGGUAGCAAACCCAAAGUGGCUACGGCGCCUGUUGUAGAUUCCAUAGCAAACUACAAACGAGAGAAUCCUACUAUGUUUGCUUGGGAAAUCCGAGACAGACUGUUGGCAGAAGGCGUUUGUACUCAAGACAACGUACCCAGCGUUUCGUCAAUAAACCGGAUCGUCCGAAACAAGGCGGCUGAGAAGGCGAAACACGUGCAUAACCAGCAGCAGAACCCUCACCACCAUCAAAACAGUAACAGCAACGGUAGCACGGGUGGUCCACCGAGUCAACAACAUCAUCAGCAGCAGCAGCAACAACAACAGCAGCAACAGCAACAGCAGCAACAAGGAUCCGGCCCUGUGUCGGUGAUAGCCCACGCACCGGCCCCGCAACAGUCGGCUGGAGGUGGAGGUCACCUCCACGACCGGUAUAGCAUAAACGGUAUACUUGGUAUACCGCAACACGACCCCAAUGGUAACGUGACCACAGCCAAACGGAAACGCGAUCUGGACCAUCAUCACCAUCACCAACAACAUCAGAACCACCACCACACGGACGAAAACCGAGACCUGAACGGCCACGCAGACCACCAGCAGCAAAUCAAGAGGGAACGAUCUCAAGUGCACUACAACGGCGACGCGUCGCUGUACUCAAAUGUAUCUCUUUGGCCCGGCAAGUGGUGUCUGAAAGACGAACACAAACUGUUCUCGGAGCUGAACGCGGCGGGCGUGACGUCCGGCGGAGGUACGUCGCCGUUCUACGACGCCAACCAGACGGCGUUCUCGGCGACACCGCUGUCGGCUGACCUGUACGAGAGCAUGCAGGCCCAACCGCCGCAGCAACAGGCCCAGAACGCGACGCCGGUCUACACGCCGCCCGUGCCCACCACGCUCGUAGGCGGAGUCACUCCCCUCGCCCCGUUGACGAUGCAAGAGAUCCAAAAGAUGAGUCCCAGUACCGUUUUAGAUCAUACCCAUUUGUCGCCCGUACAAUACCACACAGAUAGCGGUACCGCCCCGGGUGGGUUUAGUAACGGCGGCAGCGGCGGCGGUGCCGGACCUCAGCAGUCCGGCGGCGUCUCCCUGUCGUUGUCAGCGGCGGACGUCACGCCCGCCGGAUCGCCCGACCCGUCGAGCCUGACCGUGUUGCAACCGGCCAACAACAACCAGAACAACGGUACGGUGUACGCGGCCUCGGCGCCUACCAUGUUACCGGGUUUCACCACGCACUACGCCACAGCAGGCACCGGCACCGAAUACGCGUCGUACACGAGCUCGCCCUACAACCAGUACACGUCGUCCCCGUACGCCGGUUACAGUUACAAUCCCACCGGCACCAGCGGUCUUCUCAAUCACCGUUACUAUUACAACAACAGCAACGGCCACAAUAACAACGCGCACGAGAUCUGCGGCAACGAGACGGGCAGCAGCGCCAGCAUGGCAGCCAGAUCGCCGGUGGCGGCCACGAGGGCUAACUCGGCGGCCUGCGCCAGCGCCUCGUCGCCGCUGGGCAGCGCGUCAUCGCCGUGCCAGGCCAACAACCCGGGCGCGGUGACGUCGCCGUACAUCGGCAUAAGCUAGAGGAAUACCGCUGCACCGGGGAGGGGGUGGGGGGAUGAGAGAGAGAGAGAACGCCCGCGCCGCGACCUAGCCAUCAUCAAAACAUAAAAUUAUUAUUAUUAUUAUUAUUAAUACGACAUGACAAAACGUGAUGACAUUAUACUACGUACGACGGUAAUCGUUAUCGUUAUUGGAAUGCAUUAAUGCGUUUGUGUAAAAAAUAAAAAAAUAAAAAAAUAAAAAUAAAAAUAUUGAUAUUACGUAGGCGAUGUACAAAAAACGAUUUGUACGUCGAUUGGAGGCAUGGAGCGAACGGUAUACACUGCAUAAUAUACCGCAUGCAGUGCACUCGAACGAUGUCACGACGCGGAGUGUUAUAAAUGAAAAUUGGUUCUUAUCUUUUAGUUUUUUUAUUUUAUUUUAUUAUAUUUUUUUUUUUUUUUUAACGCGGCGAUUGUGCGCGGUUUCGUUGAAAAUUAUCAAAAUUACCGAUUAACGAGAUUAACCGAUCAUAUUUUUAUUUUUUUUUUUGUAUUUUUGUUUUUUAUUUAUAUACGUUAUAUUAUAUGUAAGCAUCAUAUUAUUAUUAUGUGUACGCGUAACGCGUAUAAUUUAAGUCGUAACUCAAAAAGCUAUAUAUUGUAAAUAGGCAUAUAUAGUGUUUAAAUAUAACUGAUGAAAUAUUGUUGAGUCCAAUAGUCGUGUAUAGUGCAUGAAUAGGCAGACACGGUUUUAGAAUACAAAACACUAUGCGAAGAUAAUAUUGUAAUGCAUUUUGUUUACCGACUCUAAAUAAUAUAUUUUCCCCUUAUUUGCUUUUUUUUUUUUAUACAGAAAACCAAAGAUAUAUUUAUAGUGUUGUUAUUUAUAUACAGAAUCCAAAUCUUAUGUACAUUUCUAUAUAUAAAAUACUAUACAUAAUAUUACUAUAUUAAUCGAUCAAAUCGCAAUUUGUUUAUCAUGAGUUUUAAUGUUAUGAUAUGUUAUAUACUUGAUGUACAUACAAUAUUAUAAAAUAUGUAACUAUAUAAUUUAAUAUAAUAAUCACAGUCUAUCUG